CAUACGCAUACCUCAAUUCCGUCAUUCACCAGGAGCGUGCUCUUUCUCCCAAGCUCCCCCUCUGUACUAUCUGCCCCUCUCGCUCAGGCGCCGCUCGCGCGAAGUAGGUACUCUACGAUGGCGCGUCCGAGCUGUGAUGUGUUGCUGGCCAUGGGGCUAGUUUGCCUUGCUCUCUGCGCCGCGAUCCCAUCCGUCCAUGGUCUCCGCCGCCUGACAUCGGGUUGUGGCGGCUGUCCGUCGUCCUGCGACACGGCGCUGAAGGGCUGCGAUUUCUACUUUUAUGGUCACGAGAACAACGUGCCGAAGAUCAAGCUCAUCCGUAAKGGAGACAAUACCAUCUACGUCCGAUGCGGCCAUAUUCUGCACCGAGUUGGGUACGACACUCGGCCCGUGAAGGUUGUGAACUCGGCCAACUGCGCGAUUCUCCAGGGACAGACGUGGAACACGGAUGCGUGCCAGCAUCGGCUGUACGGCAAUGGCAGGCACCUCGCGUCUCGCGAGUUCAACGUCGGCAAUUCCGGCGACUUCCUGAACGCGUGCAUCAAGGUCCAGAUCAGCGCGGCGCAGUACCAGGACGGAGGAAACUUCAACAACGGGCACAAGAACCCUAGGGCCUGCAUCGUCGUGAAGACGGAGCAGACCUUCGGGUAACUGCAGUGGAUCGGCCGAAGAAAGGAGACAUUAUUUAGCGACAGGGGCCAUGCUAAUCUUUUCUAUGUGUAUUGUUCGAAUUUUAACGGAUGUUCCAUGGACAUUCUGCACUUUCCACUUUUAGAUACCUCCAUUUCAGCUUUUGGAUUCUUGGAACCUACCCUUCGAAUGCAACCUUUCCCCCACUUUCUGUGGGAGACCAGAUCCCCUUUGUUUCUUUUUCUUUUGUUUUUCCCCUUACCAGAUCGAUUCUGUUUUUCGA